AUGGGCAUCCUGUUGCGCAUCCUUCCUUUGCUAUUACCCUUCACACAUGCCACUACUUUCUCCACCAAGCAUUUCACUGGUGUUCUUGAUGAUGACUCUGGAGUACUAAAAUCACUCAAAUCAUCGUUGGAUCCAUCCUUCGACUUUUCCCCCUACGAUGUCUUCGCCAAUCGCAGUGGCAAUGGUCACUACCACACGGGAGACCUGACUCUACGCUACCGAGUUGGCGAUGUCAACUCGUGGAUCGAUGCAGACACUGUGAAGGAUCGUGUUUCUCUUACUAAGGGCAAUUCUUCAAAAGCCAUACUCUCGUCCGACCUUGACCAGACGAUCGGCAACGUUACCAAUGACCGUUUGUUCAUCACCCGGAACUGGAUCGACUACCAGGGAGACUUGGCCGUCAACUUCACCUUGAAGAAUGGAAACUCUCAGCCCAUCGAAAUCGGCAGCCUUGGCUUUCCUAUCGAAUUCAACAGCAUAUUCACGGACCGAACAGCAGUCGAAACAAGAGAGAAGUGUGUUCUGGUGGAUCCUUUCAUCGGCCUCCAAGCCGGUUAUGCGCAGGUCACCAGGCUGCUCGGACAGGGUCCGCACCUCGUCAUUACUCCUCUAAACCUCGAUACAAAAUUUGAAGCAUGGAGAUUUCUCACAGAGGACACUGAUACCUCUCUAGCUUAUCAGAGUCAAGUGUUCGAGGGCAACUAUGAGUGGCAGGUUUACUCGAAAGCUUAUGCAGAACAAGAAUGGAAGGGCGUUGAGCCUUGGAAUCCGCCAACCUCGUUGACCUUGUCGCCAGGCGAAUCGAUCUCUUUCGGUCUGCGUUUUACGGCCGUUUCAACCGUCGAUGAAAUCGAGCCUACUGUUUCUUCGCUCGGGCAUCCGGUUGCUGUUGGGAUUCCGGGAUAUGUGUUGACUCAGGACCUUGAAGGGCGAUUAUUUGUCAACACGACGCUUAAACCUGACUCCGUGGAUGCUUCCCCGGAUGGUUGUAUCUCGGCCACAUCUUUGGACCUGAGGAGCAGUACCUGGAUUGGAUAUAAGUUAGUACCGAACAAGGACACUUUCGGCAGAUGCAGAGUCGAUAUUGUAUACGACACGGGCUUAAAGCAUGCUUUGCAUUACUACAUCACAGAUGCUGGACCCAGUACUCUCUCCAAUGCCGGCCGCUUUCUGGAAGAGAACCAGUGGUAUACGGAUACUUCGGAUCCAUUCGGGCGCGCUCCUUCUAUCAUCACCCACGACCGAUCUGUGAACGGUCCAGUACUCCAGGAUAACCGCGUAUGGAUUGCAGGUCUAAGCGACGAAGGAGGUGCCGGAUCCUUUGUUGUCGCUGCAAUGAAGCAGACUAUUCAGCCUGUUGCAUCUGAAGUUACCAAGCUGGAACAGUUCGUCAAUGAGACCGUUUGGUCCCGGUUACAAAUAACCAACGGAUCUACCGAGUAUGGUGUUCGCAAGAGCUUGUUCUUUUACGAUCCAGACGUCAUGCCAGAUUACAAUUAUGAUCCUGGUAUCUAUUGGACUGGGAGCUGGGAUAAGGAAGCUGCUUACCUGAUUGACAGAGCGUAUGACUACGUUCAUGUCUCCUGUCUCUAUUGGGGGUUGUACCGCGCUGGUCGGAUCGCCCCGAGCGUUCUGACUCUACGCCCGCCAAAAUGGUACCUGUUGCAGGCAUGCAAAACUGUAUUAUUCACAUUCGGGUCGCAACCUGAUGGAAGCCAGAAUACAUAUUAUGGUGACCUUGGGUUAAUGGGAGAAACGAUGUGGAUGUAUCUGCUAGACGAUCUCAAAGCCGAGAACUACACCUCCGAAGCAACAAAAAUGGAAGAUAUCAUGCGCAGUCGUGCCAAAGCAUGGUCCACACAAGAAGACCCUUUCGGCAGCGAGCAAGCAUGGGAUUGCACUGGACAAGAGGGCGUAUACUUAUGGUCCAAAUACUUCAAUUACACAUCCACAGCACAAAAGACCAUCGCCUCCAUCAGAGGAUACAUGCCCACCGUAGCCCACUGGGGAUGGAACGGCAACGCUCGGCGGUACUGGGACUUCACAACAGCAGGAAAACUCUCCCGCAUCGAACGCCAAAUCCACCACUACGGCUCAAGUCUCAACGCACUCCCCAUGCUCGAUAACUACCGCUCACUCACCAACCCAACAAGUCAAUCGAGUCUCUACGACCUCCGCAUCGGCUACGGAGGUAACCAGGGCCCAACGACCAACGUCGCAGACGACGGCUUCGGGUCCAUGUCUUUCCACUCCUUCCCGGAGACAUUAGCAUGGGAUGACUACACAGGCGACUAUGGACCCGGAUUCCUUGGUCAGGUACUCGGUGCUGUGACGGUUUUGCUCAAGCAUCCUGAAUUUGGAUGGGUGAGUUUUGGAGGAAACGUUGUUUCAUCUUCUUCAAAUGAUACUGUCACGGUGCAGCCACGCGAUACUGCUCGGAGGAGGGUGUAUCUGGCGGAUCUGGGGCUGGAUGUUUCGAUUGAUGCGGGUGCGAUUUCGGAGGUGAGGGUUUUGUAUGGUGAGAGCAGGAUGGAGAUUGAUCUGGUUGAUCGGGCUGAUGGCUCCGAUGGGGUGCCUGCUACGAGGGCUGCGGUGGGGUAUUCUGUUACUACUGUGGCUGGGGCAAAGGCAGUUCAGUUGCAGACUAAUGGACUGACGAAGGGGAGGUAUGGGUGGGAGGUGAAGUUUGAGUCGGGUAAGGGGAAGGUGGUGUUUGAGUGGUAG